AUGUCCUCGUGUAUGAAUAUCCUCAAAAUUAUCUUCGGCCGCAAUGGAGAUGCCACACUACCACCCGGGCUUAUUGCCGCACUCUGGUCGCUCCCCGACGGCGCCACUACUUGCGAUCUCUCACUAGACAACCAGCAUAGUCUAAAAGAUGCUUUAAAUCAACACCUUUCUAGCCUUCCCGACCGCAUCCUGCACGAUAUUGUCCACGCCUGUGCGUGCUUCACAAGAGGCAGUAUUCCUGAAUCCCUGUUCGAUACCCAGUCUACGGUCGUCUAUGUUACCGCGGGCGCUCUCGCUAUCACAGUCUUUGGAUACUUCGGAGCGAAGUACAUCAACCGACGCAUGGAGGACGUACGGCGAGAGGCACGCAAGGAAUACGAGCGAAAGCUGGACUCGGCUGAAACUCAAGCGCGGUUCAAUCAGUCACUGGUCGACGUGGCUAGGGAGUUUCAAAGGGUCAUGAAGGCGCAGACCUAAGUGCUCAAGGAGACCGUGAAGUAUCUGUCGGCAUUGUUGAUCCGGGAGGAGCAGGCUCGGUUCGAGUGGAGCAGCACUGAAGGGGUCUGGAGCGGGG